AAUGGCCUUGUAUAUCCCACCAUUAGCAUUCCGCGAAAUAGAACCUUUAACCAGAUUUUCCGAAUUUUAUACUACAAUGACGCUAGCGUAUCAGAGACAAAAUAAUAACACUUCCCGCAAGAAAACCCAGGUAUCAUAUGUAAUUCGUGAUGAAGAGGAAAGAAGACAUCGUUCAGGAAUAAACUCUGUGCAAUAUGACCCAUAUAGCCACCGAUUGUUUACUGGAGGGAGAGAUUCUGUUAUUCGGAUAUGGAAUGUCAAACAAAAUCAAACUCAUUAUAUACAGUCUAUGGAACAUCAUACUGACUGGAUUAAUGAUAUUAUUUUGUGUUGUUCGGGCCGAACACUCAUAUCGGCCAGCAGUGAUACAACAGUAAAAGUCUGGAAUGCUGUAAAGGGUUUCUGUAUGUCCACGCUAAGAACACAUAAGGACUAUGUAAAAGCUUUAGCUUACGCAAAAGACAAAGAACAAGUGGCUAGUGCCGGCUUAGAUAAGAGUAUAUUCUUAUGGGAUGUUAAUACAUUGACAGCACUGACUGCGUCAAAUAAUACAGUGACAACAUCUUCCUUAAAUGGAAAUAAAGAUAGUAUAUAUAGUGUGGCUAUGAAUCCGUCCGGUUCAGUUAUUGUGUCUGGAUCGGCGGAGAAGGUCUUGCGAGUUUGGGAUCCGAGAUCUUGCCAAAAGUUAAUGAAAUUAAAGGGACACAGUGACAACGUGAAAUGUCUAGUCCUAAAUCGAGACGGUACACAAUGUUUAUCAGGUAGUUCUGAUGGAACAAUCAAAUUAUGGUCUAUUGGCCAACAGAAAUGUAUUCAUACAUUCCGUGUGCACACAGAAGGUGUGUGGACAUUAAAGACCAAUCAGGCGUUCACCGUAAUGUAUUCAGGAGGAAGGGAUUGUGAGGUCUGGUCAACUGAUAUUAGAGAAAGUGAAGACAGUACCUUCAUAUGCAAAGAAAAGGCGCCUGUUUUAAGGGUAGAACUUCAAGAAGAUGAAUCUAACCUAUGGGUUUCAACAACAGACUCAACUAUGAACUGUUGGUCUCUCAAAGAAAAACAAGACAACAAUUUCGUCUGUAGCAUACCAGGAGGUCCAAGUGUUCGACAAUACUCUAUUUUAAGUGGCAGGAGAUAUUUCUUAACUAAGGACACUGAUAACAAUAUUACAAAAUGGGAUGCGCUAACAGCAACUAAAGUCAAAGAUUUAGGUGAUGUCUCGCUUGAAGAUGAGCGAGAGAAAGAGACAAGAAAUAAUAUAUAUGUUCCAAAUUGGUUCACUGUUGAUAUGAAGACAGGAAUGCCAACUGUACACUUAGAUGAAAACGACUGUUUUUCGGCAUGGAUUUUAGCGAGGGAUGCUGAUCUAAAUAUCAAUACAGGAGAUUCUAAUGAUGCUAAAGUAAACCUAGGAACACUUACUCUAAAGGCUCUUUUCGAGCACUGGCCGAAAACUUGGCAAGAUGGGCCCGACGGCGAAAAGUUGAAAGGAAACGGAACGUUUCAAAUUCCCAAACAUACUCCUAUUAUAAUCAGUGAAGCGGGAAAUCGAACAAUAUUGAGAUUAUUAUGUAGAGAUGCCGGUGGUGAUACCGAACAAAUGCUGCUUAAAGACUCAGUACCCGAUUGGAUUUCUAGUGUUCUAGUUGAUGUUGGUAUAAAAGAUCGAUUAUCUGCCAAUGAUAUGUUGCUAGUUCGUAAAGUAAUGGAACAUGUUUAUGAAAAAGUUUUAGGCCAAGGUUCCGAUGCUGGUUCUCAGACGGCUGCUUCAACAGCAACAGAGCGUUCAGAGACAGACCACGACGAAGAUGUCUCCUCAAUUGUAGAAGAGAAAGUUGAGUUAUGGUGCAAUGAAAACCUUUUGGAUCCUAAUCUUGAUUUAAGAACUGUGAAACAUUUGUACUGGAAGCAAGGGGGUGACCUAAUGCUACAGUACAAACCUAUCAACCUUAAAUGA